AACUUGCAUGGUGAGCGACGCCGUGGAGGAGAAAGACAACGCAGCGGACAAAACACACAAUGGCGACGGCGGCGACAACGGCAGGCGGAACGGCCUCAGGCGGACCGGCCACCGGCCCGGUCGGCGGCGGGACCGCAGUGGGACGAAAGAAGGACGGCGGUCCGUCUACGAAGUUCUGGGAGAGUUCGGAGACCAUAUCCCAAUUCGAGACGGUGCGGCAGUGGAUCGGGAAGCACUACAAGAAGUCUGUCCAGAAUGACUCCCCCUCCAGCAAAUCCUUGGCGGGUCUGGUGGUCCAGCUGCUACAGUUCCAGGAAGACGCAUUUGGACGCAGGGUCAACAACCCUGCGCUAACUAAGCUACCUGCCAAGUGUUUCCUGGAUUUCAAAGCAGGCGGCGCUCUCUGUCACAUUUUGGGGUCCGUCUACAAGUUCAAGAGCGAGCAGGGAUGGCGUCGAUUUGACCUGCAGAAUCCUUCCCGGAUGGACAGGAACGUGGAAAUGUUCUUGAAUGUAGAGAAAAACUUGGUCCAGAAUAACUGUUUGUCGCGACCUACCGUGUUCCUGUUGCCAGACAUCGAGCAGAAACAAGCCAGUAAGCUCAAAGACAUCGUCAAAAGGCAUCAGGGCUCCAUUACCGAUGACAAGUCAAAGGCCACACACCACAUUUACCCCGCUCCAUCUCAACAAGAAGAAGAAGAGUGGCUUCGUCCUGUCAUGAGAAAAGACAAGCAGGUGCUGGUUCACUGGGGUCUUUCCCCAGCCAGCUAUGAUACCUGGGUGUCGGUCAGUGAGGUGGAGGCAGACGUGGAGGACCCACCCAGCGCCGACAGACCGUGGAAGGUCCACGCCAAGUGGGUUUUAGACACCGACUCCUUCAACGAGUGGAUGAAUGAAGAAGACUACGAGGUGGACGACAACAAGAAGCCGAUCAGCUUCCGCCAGAAGAUCUUCCCCAAGGAGGAGGAGUCUUCCCGUACACCCGAUCGCAAGGAGCGCAAGGCCAACUCGGCUAGCAAGAAGAGGAGGCGCUCACCCUCGCCGCCGAGCACCCCCGCCGAGUCACGCAAGAAGGGAGGAAAAAAGGGGAACCAGGGGCCUCACUGGAAGCGCAGAGGCCACAGAGGCGAAGAGGAAGACACGGAGGAGGACAUGACCAAGGACAUGGACGACUCCUCAGCUGGCGCCAGCAUGGAGGAGGGAAGUGUGUCCAAGAAUGCAAAUUCAAAGAAAGACAGUGAGAACACUCCGGUAAAAGGAGGGAAUGUGGCCGAUUUGGAUGACAUGGAGGACGACUCGGUGUUGUCCGGUGGAAAGGAUGACGAGGAGCAGGGCAAAGCUGAAGUGAACCGGCUGAUGGACUCCAGCGAGGACAACGUGACGGAACAGACUCACCACAUCAUCAUCCCGAGCUACGGCGCCUGGUUUGACUACAACUGCAUCCAUGAGAUUGAGAGAAGAGCGCUGCCCGAGUUCUUCAACGGGAAGAAUAAGUCCAAAACUCCAGAGAUAUACCUGGCAUACCGCAACUUUAUGAUCGACACGUAUCGGCUAAACCCUCAGGAGUACCUCACCUCCACCUCGUGCCGCAGGAACCUGACCGGGGAUGUCUGUGCCAUCAUGAGGGUCCAUGCGUUCUUGGAGCAGUGGGGUUUGGUGAACUACCAGGUGGACUCUGAGAGUCGCCCGUUACCCAUGGGCCCCCCACCCACUCCCCACUUCACCGUGCUGGCUGACACGCCAUCUGGCCUCAUGCCUCUGAACCACAGACCCCCACCGAUCCCCCCCCAACAGCCAAUGCCCAACUUCGCAGACAAAGUCAAAGACAAGUCCAUCGACCUGCAGAACUUCGGCCUUCGCUCCGACCUCUACAACAAGAAAAACCUCAAGGGUAAGACGGUCAACUCCACAAGGGAUUGGACCGAGCAAGAGACUCUUCUGCUGCUGGAGGCUCUGGAGAUGUUCAAAGACGACUGGAACAAAGUGUCUGAGCACAUCGGUUCACGCACCCAAGACGAGUGCAUCUUGCACUUCCUGCGCCUCCCCAUUGAAGACCCGUACAUGGAAAGCACCGAGGCCUCCCUGGGCCCUCUGGCCUACCAGCCCAUCCCCUUCAGCCAGUCUGGAAACCCCGUCAUGAGCACAGUGGCCUUCCUGGCCUCUGUGGUUGACCCCAGAGUGGCGUCUGCUGCCGCUCGAGCAGCUUUAGAGGAGUUCUCUCGUGUGCGUGAGGAGGUGCCGGCUGAGCUGGUGGAGGCUCACGUGAAGAAGGUGCAGGAGGCGGCCCGGAGCACAGGCAAGGUGGACCCCGCGUUCGGCCUGGAGAGCAGCGGCAUCGCUGGCACCGCCCCCGAAGAACCAGAAAAGACUGAAGCCCCAGAGCCAGAGAAGAUGGACACGGACACCGACUCCCAGCAGGCAGAUAAGGCUGAGCUGAAGGACGAGGCAGAGAAGCCCAGCGAGUCCGCAGAGAAGAGCGACAAGACGGAGGCUGCGGAUAAGGUCAAGAAGGAGGGGUCAGAGGCGUCGGAGCGCGAGGAGGAGAACGAGGAUGGAGCCGAGCCGAAGACGUCUCCAGCAGAAAAAGACAAGGCUGGGGAGACGGAGACGUCGUCCCCGGAGCAGGAGAAGGAGAAGGAAGAGAUGGCGGACGAGGGUGAGGAAAAGAGGAAGAAACUGGAGCACGACAUCGGAGAGGGCAACAUCGCCACGGCGGCCGCCGCCGCCUUGGCUUCGGCCGCCACCAAGGCCAAGUGCCCAAAAGCACCGAGUCCGACCGAGCCCAACGAAGACGAACCGAACCACCCCCCUUCUCCGCCCCCACCCGAACCCACCCACCCCCCACCCCCACCCUCGCCUCGCCGCUCUGUGGCAAUGGAGCCGUAG